UUCCGAGGCGGCCCGGGGCAACACCCUCUCCCGACCCAGCAAGUAGGUGCCGGGCGGCUGCCAUGAACUCCGGAGCCAUGAGGAUCCACAGAAAAGGACAUUUUCAGGGUGGAAUCCAAGUUAAAAAUGAAAAAAACCGACCAUCUUUGAAAUCUCUGAAAACUGAUAACAAACCAGAAAAAUCCAAAUAUAAACCUCUCUGGGGUAAAGUAUUUUACAUUGACUUACCUUCUGUCACCAUAUCUGAAAAACUGCAAAAGGACAUUAAGGAUCUGGGAGGGCGAGUUGAAGAAUUUCUCAGCAAAGAUAUCAAAUAUCUUAUUUCAAAUAAAAAGGAAGCUAAAUUUGCACAAACCUUGGGACGAAUCUCUCCUAUACCAAGUCCAGAAUCUGCCAAUACUGCAGAAACCACAUCACCUCAUCCCAGCCAUGAUGGAAGUUCAUUUAAGUCUCCAGAUACAGUGUGUUUGAGCAGAGGAAAAUUAUUAGUUGAAAAAGCUAUCAAGGACCAUGAUUUUAUUCCUUCAAACAGUAUAUUAUCUAACGCCUUAUCAUGGGGAGUAAAAAUUCUUCAUAUUGAUGACAUUAGAUACUACAUUGAACAAAGGAAAAAAGAAUUGUAUUUACUCAAGAAAUCAAGCACUUCUGUAAGAGAUGUGGGGGAAAAAGUAGGUGUUGGCACUCAGAAAACAAAAACAGGUAGACUCAAAAAGCCUUUUGUAAAGGUGGAAGAUAUGAGCCAGCUUUAUAGGCCAUUUUAUCUUCAGCUGACCAAUAUGCCUUUUAUAAACUAUUCUAUUCAGAAGCCCUCCAGCCCAUUUGAUAUAGAGAAGCCAUCUAGCACCCAAAAGCAAACUCAAGUUAAACUAAGGAUCCAAACAGAUGGUGAUAAAUGUGGUGGAAUUCCAGUUCAAUUCCAGUUAAAAGAGAAGAAAAAAAAGGGAUAUUGUGAAUGUUGCUUGCAGAAAUAUGAAGAUCUUGACAUUGUAAAUAUGAUUUUGUAUUCAGGGGGUUGAUGUUUCUAAAACUAU